AGUUUUUUCUUCGCAACAGGGGCGACAGGGCACGUGCCAUAAAAAUCUCUAGCGAUGCCUAGUUACCUUUUCUCCAAAAUGUACGCCAGUACGCAUAAAUGACGCUGCGUAUCGACUCGGAGUUGGGUUGAGCCUAGCUUGUAUAAAAAUCUAAGGUUUUAUUCGGUUUUAGCUACGUUUUAUGGAGAUCAGAAUAAGAGAGUCGACUACCUAACGGAAAAAAAACAGUCUGCACGACUUCAAAUCAAACCAAAGACUGAGUUUGAAGAUCUACUUAUCUCGACAACAUGUCAAAAAAAAGCGACUACAGAAGGGACGACUACGAUCGGGACUACAAUUACAGAAAAGGGUCAAGUGCCUACAGAGGAGAGGACAGAGACAGAAGGAGGGAGGAUGACGAUGAGCCACGGUCUAGGGAUAGGUCACCACACAGGCCCCAUGAUCGACAUGAGCUAUCCAGCAGUUCCUAUCAACCACAGUCAGGGAAACAGAAACUGGUCUUUGGUUUUGAUAAGAAACCUCCCAGUAAUGAUUCCAAGAAAGGCGGUAUACAAAUGAAGCUGGGCAGUGGUAGUACUUCAAAAGUGUCUAAACCUCCGCCUAAAAAGCAUACAAUAGCUUCGGUCUUCAAUAAUUCUGAUGACGAUGAACCUGAAGAGAUGCCUGCUGAAGCCAGGAUGAGAAUGAGAAAUAUUGGACGUGAAACGCCAACAUCUGCUGGACCCAAUUCAUUUGGAAAAACGAAACAAGGCUUCUGUGAUUCUAAGAAAAUUUUUGAAAAAACUCUGAAGAAAGCUAUGGAAGAAGCAAAUAAAUGAUUCUACUUUACCUCCUUUAAAUUAAUUUUUCACAUAGUUGUUAUAAUUUGGAAGUAGCCAGAAUUCAUUUAAUUUUUUGCCACUUAGUUGUUAUUUUUCUAUUGUGUAAUGUGUGGCAAAGCAAUAGUAACUAAUAAAACUUUUAUCAUCGAUAAUACCAUUGUUAAAAGAAAGAAAUUCUUCUUUAAAUUCAAUAAUAUAUUAUAAAAUUAAAAUUUUAUAAGAAAAUUAUUAAAAAAAAGUACUGGUAGGCAUGAAAAUAUUAUCAUACUAUAGUACAGUAAUCAUUUUUAAUCUGACAAGGUUCCAAUAAACUUCUGUAUUUUAUAUCAUCUAACAAUAGUAUUUAAAUUUCAAUAUUUCACUAUUAUAAAAGUUACUCUUCUGAAUCUGUGUUAACAUUUACUUUAUGAAAAAGGUUUGUUAAAACUAAAAUGCAAAAUAAAAAUAAUUAUAAACCUU